AUGCGGUCGGGGCGCCAGCUUGGGGGGUUGCCCUCGCGCGCCGCCGCGGGAUCCGUGCGCACGACUCGCGACGGUUUCCUCAGCUACCUUCGCAGUAAGGGCGCGUGGCUCGGCGACGUCGAGCGCCACCCCGUCUGCCUCGGAGUGCCAUUGGGUGUGACGGGAUCGUCGGGGCGCACCGUCGCGGUGGACCUCGGCCUCAAAAGCCCCGCGGCAAUGCCGCUGCGUGAGCUCGCAGCGUGCUCGCCGUAUGUCGAGCGAGCGCUCAUCAAGCACGCCCUCGCGCCCGGACCAGCCGAGUUGCCUGACUUCGAUGCGCUGCUGCGAGAAAGCCCACCGGUGCCCGUGGCGGUGGUGUGCAAAGAGGAUAUGCAAUCCCUCCCCAUCGCCUCGCCGGCGCAGCGCGGCGACGGAGCGCACAACCGGUCCUACCGCGACUCGGACGAGUUUGCCGCCCUGGUGGUGGAUGCGGUCCCAGACGCCGAUACCAAGCUGACGGCCAUGCGCGAGUGGCGCAAGGAGCAGCGCAAGCAGUUCCAGGCAGAGACUCGCGGAGACUCGCGGAGACUCACCGAAAUUGGGGGCAGGGGGACAUGA